AUGGUGCAGGAGAGACGGCAGGCGGCAGUGAAAGAGUCUUUGCGUCAACGUUCGUUCCGGUUCAUCAUGGAGGAAUUCCACGCAUUCCAGGUCAACCCCGGCAAGGAGCACAAGCUGGCGAUUCCACCCAGCCACGGCUUCCAUCUCAGCAUCAUUGCGCUGCCCCACAACGCCACGGGCCGCACGACACUCUACGUCACCGUUGACGGGAAGUCCCACCCGCUGGCUACGGUGGAGGCGGAGAAGAACGUUUUGCAGGCCUCCACCGACCUUGUCUUCAACGCUGCCCAAUCGGUACUGUUCCACGCCAAAGGCUCGAGCGGGGUUCAUUGCACCGGCUACAUCCGCGAAUUGGAGGAGGCCGACGCCAACCCCUUCGUCAAUCUUUCAGAUGCCGACGACGACGCCGACGUCGAGGAGAAGGCCGCCGGCGCCGGUGCCAGCGAGGAGGACGAUGAAGAGAUGACCAGCAGCGAGAAGCAGCGCGCUGCCGCCGCCGACGAGGCAGCUGAGGAAGAAGAGGAGGAGGAAGAAGACGAAGAGGAGGAGGACAGCAGCGAAGACGGUGCCGUCGACCCCACAGCGCCCAGCGACAGCGAAGACACCGACGAGGAGGGAAUGUCGGACGAAGUCGCGGCGGGUGCCGAAUCCGAGGAAGACGAUGACGAGGAAAAGACGACGACGAAGAGGAAGAAGAGGAGGAGGAGGACGACAAAGACUCUCUCACAGAGGAGAUGCCUCCGGGCAGGCGGCACGUGCUGA